AUGUCUCAAGUCAACUUCCUCUUCGAGUACCCUUCCGUCGGUCGCGACGUAGUCUCUCAGUCUGCCCCCGGUGUCAACGGCCCAACUUACGGCCCUGACCCGGAAGUCCAUCCUUACGAGGACGACUCGGGUAGUGACAGUGAAGACUACGAAAGCGAAGCCGAUGAUGAGGAAGAGGAGGAGAAGCCUGAGGAGCCCGAGCUUGAUUGGCAUCCUCAUGCUAUCAACUUCCUCGCUCAAAUUCCUCCGGAUGACGCUGCCUGGUCUAGUUACCUCCCACGCAAUGGAGCUGUGAACUCUCUGUGCCACCGUCUCCGAAUCCCCUUUCUCUUCCCCGGCAUCAGGGGUAACAUGGACUGGGAGAGGUUCUUUGCAGAGUGCAAAUGGCAUCUCGCCCGGGCAUGCAACAACCCUCCCCUGGCGUCACUCUUCACUCUGGUCUUCAUUGCUGCGUGCCACAUCGCCGCGGCCGACGGCUUGCCCCGCGCGAUUUGCCUCAAUGGGAUGAGGGAGUGCGUCAGGCAGUGCGGAAUCUGGGAGUACGAGCUCACGGACCCCAUGAUUGACAGGCUCCGAGAAGGUGCCGUCAAGGGCAUCUGGAUCCUCAACGAGUACACCAGGACCGUUGGGGUUCGCGCUCACGAGAUCCCCCUGUUCACUUCUGACUGUCUGCAGCUGUUCCUGCGAUGUACUCCGGCGUGUAUAACCUAUGUCAAAGGUCGUAUCCCGUUUACAUACCGGCCAACCACGCCGCUGCAUUCCGAGUGCCUCGAGACCCCAUCCAUGGUGUACAGUAUGUUAGGAGGGCCUAAGUCGAAGUUUCAGUAUCAAGAAAUCUGCCAGAUCCUGCAACCCGAGGGAGUGCCGCUGCCUCUGUACAAGGACAUCUGUAUGGCCGAUGUCAUGGAGUAUGAUGAGGAUGAGAGUGAUGAGGAGGACAUGGAUGAUUAUGAUGGGCUUGUUUGUGAUUUCAAGUAUCAGUACGCGUGUUCGUGGCCGCAUCCGAUGGGCUUGUUCAGGAAAGACAGCUCCAAGGGUUUCAAGCCUCCGUUGUCUUUGUGA